CUUCCAGUCAUUACACAUUUCUCAUUGACAACCCGAUUUUCUUCUCUUCUCUUUCUACAUUCACCACAUAUUUCCCUUCCUUUCAAUUCAUCAUCACAAUGGGUUUCGGCGAUUUGCUCUCGGAGUCUGGCCUCGCUCUUCUCGAUAGCUGGGUCAGCACCCGCAGCUACAUCGUUGGAUAUGGUCCUUCCCAAGCCGAUGCCAAGGUUUUCCAGACCUUGACCAAGUCUCCCGCUGUCGAGACUCACCCAUCGGCCUACCGUUGGUACAAGCACAUUGCCUCCUUCGAGGGCGACUUCACCACACUUCCUGGCGACCCAACCAAGGACGCUGCUUCAUACGGCCCCGAGACCUCCGAGCUUACCAUCAACCCUGCUGCUGCGCCUGAGAAGGCUGCCGAGAAGGCCACCGAGGAGGACGACGAUGAUGUCGACCUUUUCGGCUCUGACGACGAGGAGGAGGAUGCAGAAGCUGUCCGAAUCCGAGAGGAACGCCUCGCGGAGUACCGUAAGAAGAAGGAGGGCAAGGUCAAGCCUGCUGCCAAAUCUAUCGUCACAUUGGAUGUCAAACCUUGGGACGAUGAGACCGACAUGAAGGCUCUUGAGGAGUCAGUCCGAAGCAUUGUCAAGGACGGUCUCGUCUGGGGUGGUAGCCAGCUUAUUGCCGUUGGUUUCGGUAUCAAGAAGCUCCAGAUCAACUUGGUCGUCGAGGACGAGAAGGUCUCGACCGAUGACCUCCAGGAGGAGAUCCAGGAGUUCGAGGACUACGUCCAGUCCACUGACGUCGUCGCCAUGCAAAAGCUGUAGGUGGGAAAAGUCUGGGCCGCAAUUGUUGCGCGGGUUUUCGGAGCAUUGUCCUGGAUGGAUGUUGCCCUGAACUCGAUUUACGAAGUGAUGCAUGCGUUCGAAACGGCGUGAUGUGCAAUGAGAAACAUAGAUAGUGAUACCAAGAGGUAAAAAUUUCAAAAUGCCACUGCGGCUGACAUCACCACC